CUUUAUCAGGCAGGAGAUAAAAACGCAUUAGUGUUGCGCUUCUUUCAGUAAAACACUGGAAUGAUGUAAGCCCGUCCCCCUUUCAAGAGUAAACCCGAUUAUUUGCCCUGCGUAGAGAGAGAGAGAGAGAGAGAGAGAGAGAGAGAGAGAGAGAGAGAGGCGCGGAGCUCAACAUCAUCAGUCGCAAUAACGUCUUAAUCAUUCCUCACCGUGGACGACUGACACCAACCUCAGCAUCUGACACGCUUUUUUAUUAGACACGAGAAAAGAAACACGCGUUAAGAAAACGGCAGUUUAUUUUGUUUCUGGUGCUUGUGAUUUUUGGUGGAUUUUAAGGGUGAAGCGGUGAAGUCCACCCGGCGGCUCAACACCUUCCGUCACACCGCAGGACAAACUUCACCGGACACACUUCAGACGCACCAUGAAGUACAGCUACUGGAAUCUUUGAAUUGAGCGGAGGAAGUCGAGAGAAGAAAGCCGGGUUUGAAGAAAACGCAAGCAAAAACAGAGGGACAGAAGAAUAAAGUACAUUGGAGAAAGAGAGACGCGAAAAGACGGGGACAAUGGGGAGGAAAAAGAUUCAGAUCACACGGAUUAUGGACGAGCGCAACAGACAGGUGACGUUUACAAAGAGAAAGUUUGGGCUGAUGAAGAAAGCCUAUGAGCUGAGCGUGUUGUGUGACUGUGAGAUUGCCCUCAUCAUCUUCAACAGUACCAACAAGCUGUUCCAGUAUGCCAGCACAGAUAUGGACAAAGUGUUGCUCAAAUACACUGAGUACAACGAGCCACAUGAGAGCAGGACCAACUCCGACAUUGUGGAGACCCUGAGAAAGAAGGGUCUAAAUGGCUGCGACAGCCCAGACCCCGACGCAGACGACUCGGCGUUGAGCAAGAAGGAGAACAAAGGCGAUGAGAGCCUGGAGCUCGAUUCUGCUCUCGCUCUCACUCCGCGCACGGAGGAGAAAUACAAACAGAUUAAUGAAGAGUUUGAUCUAAUGAUCAAGACUCAGAAGAUCCCUGCUGUGCCCUCCUCCACCUACGAGAUGCCCAUCCCCGUGAAUAACCAGAUUUACCCAGGCAGUCAUAACCUGCUUCCACUGGCCCACCACAGCCUGCAGAGAAACAGCAUGUCACCCGGGGUCACACACAGACCACCUAGUGCAGGUGGUCUGAUGGGCACCGAUCUCUCCACUGGCGUGGGCACCAGUGCUGGAAAUGGCUAUGGAAACCACCGUAACUCUCCAGGACUUCUGGUGUCCUCCGGAGGCAUGAACAAGAGCAUGCAGGCCAAGUCCCCUCCACCGGUGAACCUGGGGAUGAACAGCCGUAAACCUGACCUACGGGUGCUCAUCCCACCCGGGGCCAAGAACAACAUGCCCUCUAUUAAUCAGAGAAUAAACAACUCUCAGUCUGCGCAGUCACUGGCUACCCCUGUGGUUUCGGUAGCGACACCCACUCUACCAGGGCAGGGAAUGGGCGGCUACCCAUCAGCCAUUUCCACUUCAUAUGGUACUGAGUAUUCUCUGAGCAGUGCGGAUCUGUCCUCUAUAUCUGGCUUUAACAGUGCCAACACGCUGCAUCUGGGCUCAAUGAGUGGAUGGCAGCAACAUCAGAUCCAGAACAUGCAGCACUCUGCUCUCAGUCAGCUGGGAAAUUGCUCUAGCUCUCACUUAUGUCAGGGUUCAAAUCUCUCCCUGCCCUCUACUCAAAGCCUGCACAUCAAGUCCGAACCUGUUUCUCCUCCUAGAGAUCGAUCCAGCAGCACCACGCCCGCCGGUUACGGCCCGCUACCGUCCCACCAGCAGCACCAGGGCUUGCCCCCACAGGGGCGACAGGACUCGGGCCGCUCCCCAGCUGACAGCCUCAGCAGCUGCGGCAGCUCGCAUGAAGGCAGCGAUCGCGACGACCACCGUCCCGACUUCCAUUCGCCAUUAGGAUUGGGCCGGCCCGGCCUGGAUGAGCAAGACAGUCCAUCCAUCAAGCGUGUCCGCCUCUCGGAGGGGUGGGCCACAUGAUAAGCCCCGCCUUGGACAGUCCCAUCCUCGAUCUUGACCUCCCAAUGCGAAGCGGUUCAUGCGCUUUCUGCCGUUUAUGACUAAUCACAAUCAUUGCUCUCCCUUAUUCUCUGAUUUGCUGUAGAGAGGGGAGGAAGUGCUCUCAAAAUCACCUGUAAUUUUUAUAUUAUUAUAAUUAUUUUAUCAGAGUGUGUCUGAUAUACAUAUUGUUGUGAUUGACGGGUUUUCCGGGAGGGAAGAGGGAAGGAGGACUGAUGCAACAGGGUUGGGGAGGGUUAAGUGGGUGGGGUUACUAUGCAUUACUUGUGCAGUGUAUGGAAUACAAUGUAAAGAAAUACCAUAUAUGCAUAUAUAUUUACACAUUGUGUAGGUGUAUAUGUAUGCAGAGUAACAAAUCAACAAAAAGUGUCAGGUACUCUUGGAUCUUCUUCUUUUUUUUUUAAGUACAUGCUCCAGUCACAAGAGGAGCCACAGAUGCAGCGUAUCGCAGAGGUGACAGCUUUACACUUGAGUUGUUGUAUCAGUACAAUAUGUACAGAUUCCCUUUUUUAGUGCCACUCUCUUCAGACGGCCCCUUCGCUAAAUGUAUGUUAUGGUUGACAAUGUCAUGUUGCAGGUUCAACGUACUGUACAUAAAGGAAAGGCUGGGACACGGGGGAACGGUCAAGGUUGCUGAUUUCACACAAACAUAACUGUUAUGCAAGAAUUUCUAAGGAUUGUACAGAUAUAUGUGCAGGUUCCUUGGUUAAGUUAUGGGGAGUGGGUAUUUCAGGAAGAAAAAAGAACUCUCCUGCUGAAGGAAAGAAAAUAGCAGGAUGGAGUGGCAUCGCAGAGAUGAAGGACUUUAAAUUAAGAGCCAUGUUACUUCAGUCUGAUGACUUUUUAAUCUAGGACUUGCAGUUGUUGUUCAGUAUUAAAAAACGAAAAAGAGAAAAAAAAAUUGUAUGAUACUCUUGCUUAUAUUUUCAUAUCAAAAAAGGAAUACAAUGCAAAGCAUUUUUUUUUUGUGGCUUUUUGUAGUUUAUAAGAGCCAGAAUGUGUUUUGAUAGCUUUGCUUAUAUGAGAAAUUAUAGUAAAAGGAUGAGAAACCUUGGGCUUUUCAACUGUAAGCCAUGAAAUCUGAGACAGUGAACCCUUGCUUUGCUCAAUGUUUUUUUCUUUCUCUCUCUUUCUAUCUCUUUGUAGAAGUUUUGUUUUUAAAUGUGUAUUUCUAAGUAUAUUGAAUAAUAAUAUUAAGAAUCUUUUUUUUUUAAUCUGUGAAAUUAACAUGCUUGUGUAUAGCUUUCUAAUAUAUGAAUAUAUAUUAUAAACAAUUAUGUUCAUAACUUUUUCCCCAUUGCAGGGAAUGCUUUUUAUUCCCCCCUUCUUUUUUCCUCCACCGGACUGAGUCUUUCAGGGACAAAUACAUUCAGAUUGAUGUUUUCAAAUUUAAGUUGCACUCAUAAAUAUGCUCCUUUUUUUUAUAUAAACGCAAGAUAUCCACUGAAUAUUCACAACCUUUUAAAGAUCCCAGUGUCACAUGACAUCGCACUGAAGAUUUUAUAAUAUAAGACAGCACAGUCAUAGAUACCUCAUGACUGCUUGUGUAAGUGUGUUGUCAUCAUUUAGUGGAUUGUGACUAGUUUUGUUCAUUUGAUAUACCCAUCUAUCAUUGUGCAUUCUGUGAUUUUUUUUUGUCAGGACAUAUCUUAGUCUGUUUUUGUUUUUUGUUUUUUUUUUACCAAAGACAAAAAAGUGGUGUUAUGUUUGCCGAUCCAUUAUUCUUUCUGGGUUUGAGACCAUUGUGUUUCUUCACAAGUUGUCCAUGCUAGUGGCUGGUAGCUCUGACUCACCUUCCCAGUGCCUCAGAUUACCUUUCAAUGAGUUGGUCUUGUUGAGAAUUGGGAACAUUCUCCUCUAACUAACUAACAAGUGUACAUUAUUGUGAAAGAUGGCAUUGUUUGUUAUAUAGUUUACAACUGUCCUUGUAUGACUCUCCGGUUAUUUUUCUUUCGUACUUUUUUUAGUUUGACCUUUUUUUUAUUUAUUUUUUUGGUUGACCUUUUCAUUUCUCUCUCUCGAGUGUUGUUUCCAUUAAGUAUAUAAAUGACAAAAUAAAAAUGAAAAAAUAAAAUAAAACAAAAUAAAAAUGCUGAAAAAUUCUGUAGUAACAAAUGUAGCUUGUAUAAACCUAUGGGUAAGGUUGAGAGAAAGUUUAUUUUUUUCUCUCUAACCAGGAGAAAGAGGCUUUCAGCGGCACAAGCUGGACUUUGUCGCCACUUGAAGACAAGAUGUAAUUAAAUUAAACCACAUCUCUGUAUCUCAAGGGACUUGAUUCAGUAUGAAGUAAAAAUUAAUGUAUGGAAUAAAAAUUGUUUCUCCUGCUGGGACUAAAAAAGGUAUUUGUAUUUUGCAGAGAAUUCAGUAAAGUUACUGGCUUUCUUAGUUA